CGCGCUGUAUAAGUAUCACUCGAUCUGAUGGCAGGGAGCUGCUUGACUACAUCGUGCUUGACUGGGCGUACUCGGGAUUUACUGCUGUUGCUGUUCGCUCCCACUGCUCGGCGUAUAUUCUCCUGCCACCUAUCUGCAAACAUCCUCUCUGGCACCCCUCUCAACUCCCUCCCCACCCCCAACCCCCUCAAGAACGAACGAUGUGUUACCCCCUCCUGCUAGGUAUCAAAUACACCUCCUGCCAAUGCUUUCUCCCCCUGCGAAAAGAGUUCGUCGACUGCCUCUCCGAAACCUGCACGUCCUCCCUAUGUCAUCCGUAUGAGUGCGUGGGGUAUCUGUGCACUUGUACGAGGGUGUGGGAGGGGGAGCAGCUCAGGGUCGUGAGGUGGGAAGAGGGGGUGUGUGCGGCUUGCUGGGAGGGGGAGGUUAGGCCAUUCUCCCCCCAGAGGAUAUAUCACAAACGCGUGCUCUCGCCCGCGUUGCACGAGAUGUCCGCGAGGUACAGUACGAUGACCCCCAGCUACCCUCCUCCCACCCCCACGCACUCCCGGCCACUAACGCGACCUCGUGCGCCCUUCCAAACCUCUCGCUCUUCCUCCCAGUCUUCCAAGUCGCCGACCACUCCCGCUCCCCCUCCCCCGCCCGCGGCUAACCGGUCCAGGCUCACCCCUUUGUCGCGGAAUACUUCCCGCACUUCGGGCCGAUCUGCAAGCCUGGCAGACUACGGAUACUCCUUUCCGCCCGUACCUAGGCUAGGGGAGAUAAGGGAAGAGCUCUCCCCCCCUUCUUCCCCCUCGGACGACAAUGAUUAUGGGGAAAGGAUGGGUGCGGGUGCGGGGGUGGGGGUGUAUAAGGGAGACUACGAGGUCAGGCCAGAUAGGAAGAGGAGGUUCGGGUUCGGGUAUGUGAGAGAAGCUGUGGAGAGGAGUUUGAGCUCCGGGCAAAGUGGGGGGAGGAGGUGGGGGAAGUUCUGACGCGUGCGUUGGCAGUGGUGAGGCAAUGAAGUGAUGAGGUAAUAAAGCAAUGAAGUGAUGAUG